UGUCAAAUUAAAUUUCAAAUAUCAAAAUAUUUAUUUAUAACAAAAUACAGAUAUUGAAUAUAAUUGUGACUUGAUAAUUAUAGCUUGUUGCAAUAUCCACAAGAGUUAAAAUACGAUAUUAAACAAUUUUGUUGUAAAAUGCAAAAUCGAAAGAGAUGGAAACAACAAUAUGAGGAUUUUUGUAAAUAACAUAACGCGAAUAUUAACUCUAUCUUGUACCAGUAAAUUAUAUUAAACAGUUUAACACAUGUCUUUAUCUAAGACAAUUCAAAAAACCUCGAUUUUAAACAAAAAGACUACUCUCAAAGUCUUUCUAUAUACUAUCUCGGCUUGUCUUAUCGUUUUCAUAUGUCUAAUACAAUUAUCAAGAAAUAGUUACAUAUUAAUUACAGAAAACUUUGUAAAGGAGGCUUUUGAUGAUGUUGCAGAUUUGAAAUAUAUCGAUGUUUAUAAUAAAAGAGAUUUUUUGUCUAAAGAUCUAAAAUUCAUUUUAAUGUGGAGGUACUGUAAAAAUCACGAUCCAUUCAUUCAACUGGGAGAGGGUCAACGAGCCUUUAUCAAAAACAACUGUUCCGCAGUCAACUGUUACGUCACUUAUGAUAAGUACUUUUUGGGUGGUGAUGUAACAAAAUUCGACGCUAUAGCAUUCAAUGGUGUUUUUAUAAAUGCAUUAUCAAAAUAUAAGUUUCCGAAAGUACGAUCACCUCAUCAGAAAUACAUUUAUUUUAACCUUGAGUCUGCUGACAAUUAUCCAGUUUGUAGCAGUGUAUUUGAUGGGUUUUUCAACUGGACAGCUACGUAUAAAUUGAAUUCAGAUAUUUUGUUCGCAUAUGUACAGAUAAGGAAUCGCAGUGGAGCAAUUGUUGGACCAAAGAAGAAUAUGGAAUGGGUAAAAAAUAUGUCACUUCAAAAUGAUUCUUUUAUAGUACACAAUAAGAGUAAAGCAGUUGCCUGGCUUGUGUCUAAUUGUAACGGCAGAAGUGGAAGGGACGAAAUUGUCAGGCAUCUACAAAAUUAUUUACAACGAUAUAAACUAACCGUAGAUAUAUACGGAUAUUGUGGUCCCUACAAAUGUCCUAGAGAACUCAUGAAUAGCUGUCUCAAUAUGUUAGGGAGGAAAUAUUACUUUUAUUUGUCUUUAGAGAAUUCAUUCGCAGAAGAUUAUGUGACUGAAAAACUGCUAUCAGCUCUAAAUCAUAAUAUGAUACCUAUUGUGUACGGUGGAGCAGAUUAUUCAAGGUUUUUACCUCCGAACACGUACUUGGAUGCUUUGCAAAUGAGACGACAAGAAUUGGGUGACACCAUAGCGCAGUUGAUGACUUCACCACAGCAGUAUAACCAGUAUUUCUGGUGGAAAUCUCAUUACACAUACGAACACCCGCGGACUAUGGACACAGUGUGUGCAGUGUGUGCCGCGCUUAAUAAUAAAACUAUGAUGGAGGCAAAAACGGUUUACGAUGAUUUUAGGAUCUGGUGGAAUCCCAGUUAUAGGAUACGGUGUAAAUCUCCGUAGAUCUGCUAUUGUAUUUGUGUUCCGUUUAGUCUGUCGUGGCAAUUAUUAUACAUUAUAACUUUUUUGAGUAACUUUGCAAAGAGACUCAGGAGAAUUGUGAUAUUGUUAUUUUACGUAUGUUACGACAAUGGGGUCUGAUCGUUUGAUAAUAUUUUUGUAAUGUUACUGGAGCUGGAUGAGAGUGGGCGAGGAUCGUGUUCAGUGGCGUGCCAUGGGAAAGACCUAUGUCCAGCAGUGGACUAGUAUAGGAUGAUGAUGAUGAAUGUUACUAUGUCACCUGUGUUACGUAACGUGAAAAUUGAUAAUUGA